UCUGAAUCAUAACAGCAAUUUGCAGUUGUAAACAGAGAAGUCUAGCAUCAGAGCAAAAGUCAAAGCUGGUGAAAGAUUUUUAAUUUUCAAUAUUUGAAAUUUCAUUAAAUAAUAAGUAUCAUAGAGAGGAACAACAACUUGUUAAGCUUAUGUUAGGAAUCUUAGGGUCAACAGAAAAACACAAAAAAAUGGAGAAGAAAGACAGAAUAUGUUUGCUGUUGAUUUUGGUGAUGUUUGCAAUGGGACUUGCUGUGGUAUCAUUGGCUGGUUCUGCAAUAUUUUACUAUAAAAUAGAGGAGCUGAAGACUCGCAUUGAAACACUUGAAAAUCAGCAACUGAUCCAGAGUUCCACUGAGCAGAGAGAUAGAUCACAUGACAGCAGAAUCAUACAUUCAAAACGUGGAAAACGUCAAGCUGCAGGUACAUCUGCAACUGGAAAUAUAUAUGGACGAGAUGGUAGAGAUGGCAUGGCAGGACCACAAGGACCACCUGGACAACAAGGACCACCUGGACCAGCAGGAAGAGAUGGAAGUCCAGGAAGGGAUGGAAGAGAUGGAUUGGCAGGCCAAGGUUUAUCAGCCGAAGAUAUCAAGGACCUGGUAGAGGCACUUCAGACAAAUGAUUGCAUAAAUAGGUCCUCUAAUAUACAAGGGCCCCAAGUAUCACCAGCACCUAUUGGCAGUGGUCCUCCUGGAACAGGUGGUGCUACAUAUGUGAGAUGGGGAAGGACAACAUGUCCCACUAAUGUAGAGCAAGUCUAUUCAGGGAUAGCUGGAAAAUCAUAUUAUGCUGACGCAGGAGGAGGUGCUAAUUAUCUGUGCCUACCAAGGGAUCCAGAGUGGGGAAAGACCAUGGCUGGCUGGCAGCAAGGUUCAGCAAUGCAUGGCGUUGAAUAUGAACUUGGCUUGAACAACCCAUUCCUUACUGAAAACUUCCCAGACCCAAGCCAACCUGCUUCCUGGCUACACGACCAUGAUGUGGUAUGCACUGUCUGUAGGGUCCCAGAGCGUGGUAGUCAGAUCAUGAUUCCUGCACAUAAAUCAUGUCCUGAUACCUGGACAAAAGAAUACAAUGGCUAUCUUAUGAGUGAGCGUCAUAAGAAUACAAAAUCUGACUUUAUUUGUGUUGAUGAAGCUCCUGAAGCAGAUGAAGGAGGUCAUGAAGACAAGAAUGGGGGUUUACUUUAUGUAGUUGAAGCCUAUUGUGCUCAUGCUCUACCUUGCCCAAAUUACCAACAUGGUUUCGAGCUCACCUGUGCUGUAUGUACUAAAUAG